CGGCGGCCUGCCCGGCGGCCUGCCCGGCGGCCUGGCGGGGCUCGGCGCCCCCGGCGGCCUGCCGGGAGGGCUCGGCGGCCUGGCCCCCGGAGGCAUGUUCCCUGGCCUGGGCAUGGCCAGCGGCUCCGACAUGUCGCAGAUGCAGGCGGCCAUGAUCCUGCAGAACCCCGAGAUGGCCCAGCACUUCACCCGCCAGGCGGCCGAGCAGUACGAGCUGCAGACGAACAUGGGCCUGAAUCCAGAGGUGAAGGAGCUGGCGGAGCACUUCAACCUCGAGGACCGUUGCGCGCGCGCCCUGGACCAGCAGCUGAAGCUGCGCAAGGACACCUUCACAGAGGACAUGGCAGCGAUCUGGGACAUCUUAGAGGGGGCCCGGAGCCCGUCGGGCCUCCUCAUGGUCAAAGUCCGGGAGAUGGCCGAGGGCACGUUCCGAGGUUUUUCCACGCCCGAGGAGGACGUGCAGAAGUUCGCGAAGCAGUACAAGCUCGACGUGCAGGCAUCAGCGAAGCUCGCAGAGGUCCUCGCGAAACGUCAGGACCCCAAGGGCGACAUGGAGAAGAUUGGAAAGCACCUCGAGCGAUCCAACAAGCCCUCGGCCCUAAUGAUGCUGAUGCUGAAGGACCUGCGUCUCGGCAACCCGGUGCAGGAGUGCAGCCACGCGCCCGCCAUCGGCAGCAAGGUCCACAACCGGGAGCUCGAGAAGGAGAAGCGGGAGAAGCGGAGCAGGAGCCGCCGGGACCGAGACAGGCGGAGCCGCGACGCGGGCCGCGACCGCGACCGCCACGACCGGGACCGGGACCGCAGGAGGAGCCGUGAGAGGAGCCGCGACCGGCGCCGUUAGCCGCGCCGGCUUGGAGCUCUCCUUUGGGGGGGGGGCCUGGCAGGCACACCAUCCGCGCCGAGGAGGAGGAGGAGGAGGA